AACAGAUGACACGCGCGGACCCGGCAGGAGGAACUUAGGGGACCAAGAUGAUAAAGACUCCUGCGAACCGGAAAACACCGAGACCUGCUUGAUGUACGUCAUUGUGCCGCGACCUGACAACAAAUAGGCAUAUUUUUAGAGAUAAGAUUGAGUUCGAGUUCAGUGUGUGGUGUCCGUGCCCCUGUGCAUUAGGAGAUUAGCCGGUGAUUUGAGACAUGGAGGAUGAUCUGUCUCUGCACAGGCUGGAAGGCAGUGAUCCGUCAAUGGAAACUGGGGGAUUAGUGAUAAAAAAGAAGAGCUCCAGCAAUGAGCAGCAUGUGUUUAAAGCACCAGCCCCACGAUCCUCACUGCUAGGCCUGGAUCUUCUUGCAGCUCAGAAGAGAAAAGAGAGGGAAGAGAAAGAACAGCAAGAAGGAGAAAAAAAGUCCAAAGUCUCUUCUAAGGACUGGGAGGAGAAAGACAGGUCUCCAGACAGACCUAAUGAUAAACUGAGUCGGGGGAGUCAUGGGGACAGACAUUACAGGACAGCACGUGUGGAGACUCCAUCAUACACUGGUGGCGUAAAUGAGGAAUUCUUGGCUCGGAACCGUCAGAGAGAACGCGAAAGGCGGGAGCAUGGGGUAUAUGCAUCAUCUAAGGAUGAUCGGCAGAAGAGAAAAGAUCGGGGUAGAGAAAGAGAGGAUCGCAGCUACCGUAACAGGUCUGAGAGAGAGAGUGGAUCAGAGAGAAGUGGAUCAGAGAGAAGUGGAUCAGAGAGAAGUGGAUCAGAGAGAAGUGGAUCAGAGAGAAGUGGAAAGCGCAGUGAGCAUGAAAGCCCAAGGCACAAAGCUAGAGAUGCAUCAACACCCUCACGCUCAAACUGGGAGGAAGAUGAUAGUGGAUAUGGAGGUUCUCAGCGGUCUCAGUGGGAGUCCCCCUCUCCUGCACCAUCAAACCGAGAUUCUGAAAGAAGUCAUCGUAGUGAACGUGAAAGUUCAAGAAGGGAAAGGUCUGAAAGGGGUCGGUAUAGUGAAGAAUCUCCCCUUCCAACUCCAUCCUACAAAUACAAUGAAUGGGCCUCUGAUCGACGACAUCUUGGAUCCACCCCCCGUCUCUCUCAAGGCAGAGGGAAGCCAGACAACGAGGAUGACAAGAUUAAUUUUAUGUCUGAGGAGGAGCAACACCAAUGGGAGGAGGAUCAGCGGCAAGCAGAUAGAGACUGGUAUAUGAUGGAUGAAGGAUUUGAUGAGUCUCACAAUGCGCUGACUUCCACCUCUGAAGACUAUGUAAAGAAACGGGAACAGCAACUACAGAAACAGACCACUAAAAGGGUGUCUGCUCAGAGGAGGCAAAUCAAUGAGGACAAUGAACGUUGGGAAACUAAUCGCAUGCUGACCAGUGGUGUAGUACAGCGGCUAGAGGUUGAUGAGGAUUUUGAGGAAGAUAAUGCAGCAAAAGUGCAUCUGCUUGUGCACAAUCUGGUGCCUCCUUUUCUGGAUGGCCGCAUUGUAUUUACCAAACAGCCAGAACCAGUGAUUCCAGUGCGUGAUGCAACUUCUGAUUUGGCCAUCAUUGCACGCAAAGGCAGUCAGCUGGUACGCAAGCACCGUGAGCAAAAGGAGCGUAAAAAGGCUCAGCACAAGCACUGGGAAUUGGCUGGGACAAAGCUUGGAGACAUCAUGGGUGUAAAGAAGCAAGCUGAUGAAUCUGACAAGCCUAUUGCAGAGGAUGGAGGAGUUGAUUAUAAGACAGAGCAGAAGUUCGCUGACCACAUGCGAGAGCGCAAUGAGGCAAGCAGUGACUUCUCCCGCAAGAAGACUCUGAUGGAGCAGAGGCAGUACUUGCCCAUAUUUGCUGUACAGCAGGAGCUACUAACCAUUAUAAGAGAUAAUAGCAUUGUCAUUGUGGUGGGGGAAACAGGCAGUGGGAAAACUACCCAACUGACUCAGUACCUGCAUGAGGACGGGUAUACGGAUUAUGGUAUGAUUGCUUGCACACAGCCCCGUAGAGUGGCAGCCAUGUCUGUGGCAAAGCGAGUUAGUGAAGAAAUGCAAGUGAGCCUUGGAGAAGAAGUUGGCUAUGCUAUCCGAUUUGAGGACUGCACUUCAGAGAAAACUCUUAUUAAGUACAUGACAGAUGGCAUACUGUUACGUGAAUGUUUGCGUGAGGCUGACCUUGACCACUACAGUGCUGUUAUUAUGGAUGAAGCCCACGAACGUUCAUUAAACACAGAUGUGUUGUUUGGGCUUCUGCGGGAGGUUGUGACCCGACGCUCUGAUUUGAAGUUGAUAGUGACUUCAGCCACUAUGGAUGCUGAGAAAUUUGCAGCUUUCUUUGGCAAUGUUCCAAUUUUCCAUAUACCAGGACGUACAUUCCCUGUGGACAUCCUGUUUAGCAAGACUCCCCAGGAAGAUUAUGUGGAAGCUUCUGUAAAACAAGCUCUACAAAUCCAUUUAUCUGGAGCUGCAGGUGACAUACUAGUCUUCAUGCCUGGUCAGGAGGACAUUGAGGUGACAUCAGAUCAGAUUAUUGAACGUUUGGAGGAACUGGACAGUGCACCACCCCUGGCUGUGUUACCAAUCUACUCUCAGUUGCCAUCUGACUUGCAAGCCAAAAUCUUCCAGAAGGCACCAGAUGGUGUGAGAAAAUGCAUUGUGGCCACAAAUAUUGCAGAGACAUCUCUGACUGUAGAUGGCAUAAUGUUUGUGAUAGAUUCAGGCUACUGCAAGUUAAAGGUGUUUAAUCCCCGAAUUGGAAUGGAUGCUUUGCAGAUCUACCCUAUUAGCCAGGCAAAUGCCAAUCAGCGCUCAGGUAGAGCAGGCAGAACAGGCCCUGGACAGUGUUAUAGGCUGUACACACAGAGUGCCUAUAAGAAUGAGCUGCUCCACACGACGGUUCCUGAAAUCCAGCGCACAAAUCUCUCAAAUGUGGUUCUGUUGCUCAAGUCACUGGGGGUUCAGAACUUGCUUCUCUUUCAUUUCAUGGAUCCGCCCCCUGAGGACAACAUGUUGAAUUCUAUGUACCAGCUCUGGAUCCUUGGAGCUCUUGAUAAUACAGGUUCCCUCACAUCUACUGGUCGACUCAUGGUAGAAUUUCCUUUGGACCCUGCUCUCUCCAAAAUGCUAAUUGUGUCAUGUGAUAUGGGAUGCAGUUCCGAAAUCCUUAUCGUGGUGUCAAUGUUGUCUGUGCCAGCAAUAUUCUAUAGACCUAAGGGUCGCGAGGAAGAGAGUGACCAGGUUAGAGAGAAGUUUGCUGUUCCAGAGAGUGACCAUUUGACGUAUCUGAACGUCUUUCUGCAGUGGAAGAACAAUAAUUACUCCAGUGGCUGGUGCAACCAGCACUUCAUCCAUGCCAAGGCCAUGCGCAAGGUUCGUGAAGUCCGGGCACAAUUGAAGGACAUCAUGGUUUCCCAAAGAAUGUCUCUCUCAUCCUGUGGCUCAGACUGGGACAUUGUCAGAAAGUGCAUCUGUGCCGCCUAUUUCCACCAGGCUGCAAGGCUUAAGGGGAUUGGAGAAUACGUGAAUGUACGAACUGGGAUGCCAUGCCAUCUGCACCCAACUAGCUCACUGUUCGGCAUGGGAUACACCCCAGAUUACAUUGUUUACCAUGAGCUGGUGAUGACCACAAAGGAAUUCAUGCAGUGUGUCACAUCCGUGGACGGAGAAUGGCUGGCAGAGUUGGGGCCAAUGUUUUAUAGUAUUAAGCAUGCAGGGAAAACCAGACAGGAAAACAGGCGACGUGCAAAGGAGGAAGUAUCUGCUAUGGAGGAAGAAAUGAUGUUGGCAGAGGAGCAGCUUCGUUCCAGGAGAGAAGAACAUGAGAAAAAGAAUGUUCUAGGCAGUGCAAGGUCUUUGAAAAUUUGCACGCCGGGCAGGAAGGAUCAAGUAGAACCUGGGACACCCCGCCGCACGCCGGCACGGUUUGGUCUUUGAAGUCGAGCGUCAUUUGUCGUCCUGGCAUGGAUUUGAUGGAACUGCAUGGGAAGAGAUGUCUUUUGUUCUCUGAGUUGAACUAGGGUGUAUCGGACAUUGCGGGUGGGAGAGGGGUUUAAGUAUUUUCUUUAUUGUAAAGUGGAAUAAUGUUAUUUUUAAACAAUAAUGUCUUGAA